AUGGCACAAGCAUUGCUGGUACCACCAGGACCUGAAAGCUUCCGCUAUUUUACUAGAGAUUCUCUCACAGCUAUUGAAAAGCGUUCUGCAGAAGAAAAAGCUAAAAAGCCCAAGCAAGAGCACACAGAUGAUGAUGAUGAAAAUGGUCCAAAACCAAACAGUGACUUGGAGGCAGGAAAGACACUGCCGUUUAUUUAUGGUGACAUACCUCCAGGAAUGGUAUCUGAACCUUUGGAAGACCUGGACCCAUAUUAUAUCAAUAAAAAAACUUUCAUAGUAUUGAAUAAGGGGAAGGCAAUUUUCCGAUUCAGUGCCACAUCUGCCUUGUACAUUUUAACUCCUUUUAAUCCCAUCAGAAAAAUUGCUAUCAAGAUUUUGGUACAUUCAUUAUUCAGCAUGCUUAUCAUGUGCACUAUUUUGACCAAUUGUGUGUUUAUGACCAUGAGUAACCCUCCAGACUGGACAAAGAAUGUAGAGUACACUUUCACUGGAAUUUAUACCUUUGAAUCACUUAUCAAAAUUCUUGCAAGGGGCUUCUGCUUAGAAGGUUUCACUUUUCUGCGAGACCCAUGGAACUGGCUUGACUUCAGUGUCAUUUUAAUGGCAUAUGUGACAGAGUUUGUGGACCUGGGCAAUGUCUCAGCGUUGAGAACAUUCAGAGUUCUCCGAGCUUUGAAAACAAUAUCAGUCAUUCCAGGCCUAAAGACUAUUGUAGGAGCCCUAAUUCAGUCUGUGAAGAAGCUCUCGGACGUAAUGAUCCUGACUGUGUUUUGUCUGAGUGUAUUUGCACUAAUAGGGCUGCAGCUGUUCAUGGGCAACUUGAGGAAUAAAUGCCUGCAGUGGCCUCCAGACAAUUCUACUUUUGAAAUAAACAUUAUUUCCUACUUUAACAGCACAAUGGAUGAAAAUGGUACAUUUGUUAAUAUGACAGUAAGCACAUUUAACUGGAAGGAUUACGUUGAGGAUGAAACUCAUUUUUACAUUUUGGAAGGACAAAGAGAUGCCCUACUUUGUGGUAAUAGUUCUGAUGCAGGGCAGUGUCCAGAGGGAUAUAUAUGUGUGAAAGCUGGUAGAAAUCCCAACUAUGGUUACACAAGUUUUGAUACCUUCAGCUGGGCUUUUUUGUCACUUUUUCGGCUAAUGACUCAGGACUUCUGGGAAAACCUAUAUCAGCUGACACUACGUGCUGCUGGGAAGACAUACAUGAUAUUUUUUGUUCUGGUGAUUUUCCUGGGCUCUUUCUACCUGAUCAACUUGAUCCUGGCUGUGGUUGCCAUGGCCUACGAAGAACAGAAUCAAGCAACCAUGGAAGAAGCAGAGCAGAAAGAGGCGGAAUUUCAACAGAUGCUGGAACAACUGAAGAAACAACAAGAAGAAGCUCAGGCAACAGCAGCAGUAGCAGCAGCAUCAGUUGCAUCAAGAGAUUUCAGUGGUAUAGGGGGAUUAGGAGAACUCUUGGAAAGUUCUUCAGAAGCAUCAAAGUUGAGCUCAAAGAGUGCUAAAGAAAGAAGAAACAGAAGGAAGAAAAGAAGACAGAAAGAAAUGUCUGAAGCAGAGGAUAAAGGAGACAUUGAUAAGUUCCCCAAGUCCGAGUCAGAAGACAGUAUCAGAAGGAAAAGUUUCCACUUCUCCACAGAAGGAAGCCAGCUGACACGUGAAAAAAGGUUCACAUCUCCUCACCAGUCCUUGCUGAGCAUUCGUGGUUCCCUGUUCUCACCAAGGCGCAACAGCAGAACAAGCAUUUUCAGCUUCAGAGGUCGUGCAAAGGACGUGGGAUCAGAAAAUGACUUUGCUGAUGAUGAGCACAGCACUCUUGAAGACAAUGAGAGCAGAAGAGAUUCCCUCUUUGUUCCUCGUAGACAUGGUGAACGGCGCAACAGUAACAUUAGUCAGGCGAGUGUGUCAUCUAGAAUGGUACCAGCCCUUCCAGUAAAUGGGAAGAUGCACAGCACUGUGGAUUGCAAUGGAGUAGUUUCCUUGGUGGGAGGACCUUCAAAUCUAACUUCACCUACUGGUCAACUUAUACCAGAGGGCACCACUACAGAAACAGAAAUUAGAAAAAGAAGACUGAGUUCUUAUCAAAUUUCCAUGGAAAUGCUGGAAGAUUCUGCUGCAAGACAAAGAGCAAUGAGUAUAGCCAGCAUACUUACAAAUACAAUGGAAGAGCUUGAAGAAUCCAGGCAGAAAUGCCCACCAUGCUGGUAUAGAUUUGCAAAUACUUUCUUGAUCUGGGAUUGCUGGAGUCCAUGGUUAAAAGUAAAACACGUUGUCAACUUGGUUGUGAUGGAUCCAUUUGUUGACCUUGCUAUAACUAUUUGCAUUGUUUUAAACACCUUGUUUAUGGCCAUGGAACAUUACCCAAUGACAGAACAGUUUAGCAGUGUCCUUUCUGUGGGGAACUUGGUAUUCACUGGGAUAUUCACAGCAGAAAUGGUACUAAAGAUAAUUGCCAUGGACCCAUAUUAUUAUUUCCAAGAAGGCUGGAAUAUUUUUGAUGGUAUCAUCGUUAGCCUUAGUUUAAUGGAGCUAGGCCUUGCAAAUGUUGAAGGUUUAUCUGUUCUUCGGUCAUUCAGACUGCUUCGAGUUUUUAAAUUAGCAAAAUCUUGGCCAACUCUAAAUAUGCUGAUUAAGAUUAUUGGCAACUCAGUGGGGGCUUUGGGAAAUCUGACCCUGGUGCUGGCCAUCAUUGUGUUCAUUUUCGCUGUGGUUGGGAUGCAGCUGUUUGGGAAAAGCUACAAGGAAUGUGUCUGCAAGAUCUCCAGUGACUGUGAACUUCCACGCUGGCACAUGCAUGACUUCUUCCACUCUUUCUUGAUUGUGUUCCGAGUGCUGUGUGGAGAAUGGAUAGAAACAAUGUGGGACUGCAUGGAGGUUGCAGGCCAAACUAUGUGCCUUAUUGUUUUCAUGCUGGUCAUGGUGAUUGGAAACCUAGUGGUAUUGAACCUAUUUCUGGCCUUGCUGCUGAGCUCAUUUAGCUCAGACAACCUUGCUGCUACUGAUGAUGAUAAUGAAAUGAACAAUCUCCAGAUUGCUGUGGCAAGAAUUCAGAAGGGAAUAGAUUACGUUAAAAAAAAGAUGCAGGAGUUCAUCCAAAAAGCCUUUGUUAGGAAGCAGAAAGCUUUAGAGGAAAUCAAAGCACUUGAAGAGCUAAACAAGAAGAAAGACAGCUGCAUUUCCAAUCAUACUGCGGUUGAAAUAAGUAAAGAUCUGAAUUAUCUUAAAGAUGGGAAUGGAACCACCAGUGGUGUAGGCACAGGCAGCAGUGUGGAAAAAUACGUAAUUGAUGAAAAUGAUUACAUGUCAUUCAUAAACAAUCCAGGCCUCACUGUGACCGUGCCAAUUGCAGUUGGAGAAUCAGAUUUUGAAAACUUAAAUACGGAAGAAUUUAGCAGCGAAUCUGAUAUGGAAGAAAGCAAACAGAAACUAAAUGCAUCCAGUUCAUCAGAAGGCAGCACAGUUGAUAUUGCUCCUCCUGGCGAGGGUGAACAAGCAGAAAUUGAAAGUGAAGAAGCUCUUGAACCAGAAGCCUGUUUUACAGAAGGUUGUGUGCAGAAAUUUCCAUGUUGUCAAGUAAGUAUAGAGGAUGGCAAAGGAAAAAUUUGGUGGAAUCUUAGAAAAACCUGCUACAGCAUAGUUGAGCACAACUGGUUUGAAACUUUCAUUGUCUUCAUGAUUCUCCUCAGCAGCGGAGCACUAGCUUUUGAAGACAUAUAUAUUGAACAGCGCAAAACUAUCAAGACCAUGCUGGAAUAUGCUGACAAAGUUUUUACAUAUAUUUUCAUUUUGGAAAUGCUUUUAAAAUGGGUAGCAUAUGGUUUUCAAAUUUAUUUUACCAAUGCUUGGUGCUGGCUGGACUUCCUGAUUGUUGAUGUCUCAUUGGUUAGUUUAAUAGCCAAUGCUUUGGGCUAUUCUGAACUUGGUGCCAUUAAAUCGCUUCGGACAUUAAGAGCUUUAAGACCUUUAAGAGCCCUGUCACGAUUUGAAGGAAUGAGGGUGGUUGUAAAUGCCCUCGUAGGAGCAAUUCCAUCUAUCAUGAAUGUAUUGCUGGUUUGUCUUAUAUUCUGGCUCAUCUUCAGCAUCAUGGGAGUAAAUCUGUUUGCUGGCAAAUUCUAUCACUGUGUCAACACCACAACUGGUGAGAUGUUUGAUGUCAGUGAUGUCAACAAUUAUACUCAGUGUGAGGAACUCAUAAAAAACAAUCAGAGUGCCCGAUGGAAAAACGUGAAAGUAAACUUCGAUAAUGUAGGAGCUGGAUAUCUUGCUCUGCUUCAAGUAGCUACUUUCAAAGGAUGGAUGGAUAUUAUGUAUGCUGCUGUUGAUUCACGAGAUGUAGAAGACCAACCUAAGUAUGAGGACAACUUAUAUAUGUACCUCUAUUUUGUCAUCUUUAUCAUAUUUGGAUCAUUCUUUACCUUGAACCUGUUCAUUGGUGUCAUUAUAGACAACUUCAACCAGCAAAAAAAGAAGUUUGGGGGUCAAGAUAUAUUUAUGACAGAAGAACAGAAGAAAUAUUACAAUGCAAUGAAAAAACUAGGAUCCAAAAAGCCACAGAAACCUAUACCAAGGCCAGUGAACAAAUUCCAAGGCAUGGUCUUUGAUUUUGUAACCAAACAAGUCUUUGACAUCAGCAUCAUGAUACUCAUCUGCCUUAACAUGGUCACAAUGAUGGUAGAAACAGAUGACCAGAGUAAAGAAAUGGAAACAAUUUUAUCCCGGAUUAACCUGGUGUUCAUUAUCCUUUUCACUGGAGAAUGCGUCCUGAAAUUGAUUUCACUUCGUCAUUACUACUUCACUAUAGGCUGGAAUAUUUUUGAUUUUGUGGUUGUGAUUCUCUCCAUAGUAGGAAUGUUCUUAGCAGAGAUGAUAGAGAAAUAUUUU